AGUCUCACACUCACAGCCACUCUGCUGCAGACGGGAGCCGGCUCUGCAGCGCAGCGAGAGAUCGAGAGAGGGAGAGAGAGAGAGAGAGAUUCUCUGGGCCCAGACAAAGACAGACAGGCAUCCUGCUAUGGAUUAAGAGGACCUGACAUACAGCUGGAUUGUGGAGUCUUACAGAGAGAGGGAGAAAGAGAGUUGUUUUGUGCGGGAGAGGCGUUUGUUUUGUGUGGGGUGUUGUUUGUGUGUGGUGUGAGACAACGUGUGCUGUGUCUGUAUAUGUGUCUGAGUGUGUCCUGCAUCUGUGUGAGAGUCAGUGUGUGCAUCAGUCCCUGUGUGUGUGUGUUUAUCCUGCACAUACUACCAGGAAUAGAGUGGGUCUCUCUUGCUCGGUGUCCCCCCGCGUGGGCUCUCCUCCUGGGUGUUGCUAGACAUACAACUCCCCCGGCUGGUUCUAGGUCUGGCCGUAUGACCAGGGAAGGAAAGCCAGUCCAGAGAACCAACAGGACAUCACAGACCAGGCACAGUUUCUUCAGAUGACACCUGGCAUACCUCUACCACCACCACCAUGGAGGUAUCUUACCUAGACAUUAUAUACCUCUACCACCAUCAGCCAGGCUGCAAUACAAAAACGAAGAUACUGAAAGUUCACUCCUGAUCACUUGCCAUUUGCUAGUUUUUUUGUAUGUUCAUACUGCCUUUGUGGCUUGAACUGGGAUUGGGUGUACAUUAAAUUGCCUGACAGCUUUACUAUACACAUUGAAAAUAUCCAUUGCAGGAAGAAUGUGUUUUAGAUAUUUUUGGAGAGAAGCGCAGCUCUCCCUAGCAACUCUAUCCGUCUGACUGGUUGGGUUUUUCUCUCCACCCGUUCGGUCCACCCAUCCAUCAGGGAGCGAGAGAACAUUAAUCAAGCUGUUGACGCUAAGAGGAUCAAUAACAUGAGCAGUUAGCUAUGACCCCUGGCUGACCAUGAGCAGUUAGCUACCAUCCCUGGGCCUCCACGGAUCAUUGACAUCACAGGAGGUUGUGAUCAACCAGGAAGAGAAAAGCUGACCUGCAGUUUUCUUGACAUGGCACCAACGUGGAAAAUGACCCGUGGAUUUAAGGUUAGAGUGGAAUCCUCACCUUUCACUUGGAGGAAAAGGAACGUUGUUCCUCCACUCAGAUGAAGCCUCAAAAAGUGUUAAUUUCCUUGGGUGGAUGAGAGGGAUGAAGUGAUUGAGGAAGAGAUAGCGACUGAGAGAGAGAGGAGAGGUAGAAUUCUCUGGGGGGAAUCCAGCGAUGAGACGUUCACGAUGAAGACCACGGCAAUGUGCCGGAAUGAGUUUGAUGUCCUAGUUGGAAGUCUUCCCAGGAAAAGGAGAGACAGAUGUUCUCCUUUUGUUGUACUAUUGCAGAAUAUCCUUCUAACAGUUAAAGAGAGAGACAGGGGAUUUCCUGACUUGACUGGUUUCUGGUAGACUUUUCUGUGGAGUUUGUUUUUCAGGAGGGUAUUGAAAGAUCCUUACAUGCCUGAGUAUUGACACAUUCGCCUUAACCACUGAACCCUGGACAAAUAUUUACCAUGGUGUUGUGCCACUGGGCACAGACGUCAGUUCAACGUGUAGUUUUUAUUUACAUUUGGCUGAGUUGUCAAUUAUUGUAAAUUCAACAUGAAAUCAACAAAAAAUAUCACCAUGUCAAUGGAUUAAGGUUAAAGGUGAAGAAAAGCCCUUACGAUGAUGACUCUCUGCAAAUCCAAUGAGUUUUCCAUGUUAAUUCAACGUCAUCACAUAUAUUUUUGGGGUUGAAAUAAUGUGGAAACAACGUUGAUUCAGCCAGUUGUUGCCCAGUGGGGUAGUUCUAACCCCCGGCAUAAACCAGUUCACCAAAUAUCAUUUGGACAAAUGUCACCCUCCCCAGCCAAAUCGAAACUCUGCUUCACAUUGAGAAGCCAUCGAAUUUGACUUUCAAAAACAUGAAAAAGAGGGGAGAGAACCAAAUGGUGAGAGACCAUGUUUGUGGGAUUCUAGUCUUUUAUUUUAACCUGUGAGUGACAAAUACUGUAGCAAAACGAGCACACACCUUUAGCUUAAAUGAAGGCGGGUCGCUCUCAGGCGGGACGGGAGAAGAAAAUGAUGCACGUGAACAACUUCCCCUUCAGGAGGCAUUCCUGGAUCUGCUUCGAUGUUGACAAUGGCACAUCAUCGGGACGCAGCCCCCUGGACCCCAUGGCCAGUCCAGGGUCAGGGCUCAUCCUGCAGGCCAACUUUGUCCACAGUCAGCGGAGAGAGUCCUUCCUCUACCGCUCGGACUCGGACUACGACCUGUCACCCAAGUCCAUGUCCAGAAACUCCUCCAUCGCCAGCGACAUGAAUAACCACCUGCAGAGGCCAGGCCUGACCUCGCGACGGUCUGAGCCCGUCAUUAGUGGAAACCAUGGCGACGACUUGAUAGUCACACCAUUUGCACAGGUACUGGCUAGUUUGAGAACGGUACGGAAUAACUUUGCUGCACUAACCAACUUGCAACAAGACAGAGCCUCAAACAAGCGGUCCCCUAUGUGUAACCAACAACCACCCAUCACCAAGUCCUCUUUCUCAGAGGAGGCCUACCAGAAGCUGGCCACAGAGACGCUGGAGGAGCUGGACUGGUGCCUGGACCAGCUGGAGACCCUGCAGACCAGACACUCUGUCAGCGAGAUGGCCUCCACCAAGUUCAAGAGGAUGUUGAACAGGGAGCUGUCUCACCUGUCUGAGAUGAGUCGCUCAGGGAACCAGGUCUCUGAGUUCAUCUCCAGCACCUUCUUAGACAAGCAGCAUGACGUGGAGAUGCCAUGUCCACAGACGCAGAAAGAGAGGACGGACAAGAAGAACGCCAAGCCCAUGUGUCAGAUCAGUGGCGUGAAGAAGCUGCAGCACAGCACUAGCCUCUCCAACUCUAAUAUACCUCGCUUCGGGGUCAAGACCGACACAGAGGACCAACUGGCUACGGAGCUUGAGGACCUCAAUAAAUGGGGCCUUAAUCUUUUUAAAGUCACCGAGCUUUCAGGAAACCGGCCUUUAACAGUCAUGAUGUACACAAUUUUCCAGGAAAGAGAUUUAUUAAAAACAUUCAAAAUACCAUUAGACACCUUUAUAACCUACCUGAUGACUCUAGAAGACCAUUACCACGGCGAUGUAGCCUAUCACAAUAACAUCCAUGCUGCUGAUGUCACCCAGUCUACUCACGUGCUGCUGUCCACGCCUGCUCUAGAGGCUGUGUUCACAGACCUGGAAAUCCUAGCUGCCAUCUUUGCCAGUGCUAUUCAUGACGUCGACCACCCGGGGGUCUCCAACCAGUUUCUCAUCAGCACCAACUCGGAGCUGGCCCUCAUGUACAAUGACUCGUCAGUCCUAGAGAACCACCACCUGGCUGUAGGCUUCAAGCUGCUUCAGGAAGAGAACUGUGACAUCUUCCAGAACCUGACCAAGAAACAACGGCAGUCCCUCAGGAAGAUGGUCAUAGACAUGGUACUAGCUACUGACAUGUCCAAGCACAUGAAUCUCCUAGCUGACCUGAAGACCAUGGUGGAGACCAAGAAAGUCACCAGCUCUGGAGUGCUACUACUAGAUAACUACAACGACAGAAUACAGGUCCUCCAGAACAUGGUGCAUUGUGCGGAUCUCAGUAACCCUACCAAGCCCCUGCAGCUGUACCGCCAGUGGACCGACCGCAUUAUGGAAGAGUUCUUCAGCCAGGGGGACAGGGAGAGGGAAAGAGGCAUGGAGAUCAGCCCCAUGUGUGACAAACACAACGCCUCUGUCCAGAAGAGCCAGGUGGGGUUCAUCGACUACAUCGUCCACCCUCUGUGGGAGACCUGGGCUGAUCUGGUGCACCCUGACGCUCAGGACAUCCUGGACACUCUGGAGGACAACAGGGAGUGGUACCAGAGCAUCAUCCCCCAGAGCCCCUCGCCCGCCCCGGACGAAGCCGACGACGGCAGCGGACGUACCCCCGGAGGGGACAAGUUCCAGUUCGAGCUCACCCUGGAAGAGGACGGAGAGUCGGACACGGAGAAAGACAGUGGAAGUCAACCAGAAGAAGACGAGGAGAAUAGUUGUAACUCGAAAACGCUCUGCACGCAGGACUCGGAAUCCACAGAGAUCCCGUUGGACGAGCAGCCGGAAGAGGAGGUGGAGGAGAAGGAGGAGGAGGUGGUAGUGGUAGAGGAGGAGGAGGAGGGUGAAGGGGUACACAGGGAACCAAGUAUGGCGGAGUUGGAGGAGGAGGAUGAGGAGGGAGAGGGGGAAGGGGAGGAGGGCGAGGAGAAGCAAAGAGCGGCCGAUACAUAGCAGCAGUAGAAACUGCGCGGAUUGCCAAACUGCGAGAGAGAGACUGUUGCGUUACAACGGCGAAUCAAGGGACGAGGUGAAUACUAGUAAUCGCCACAAUGUUGGUGAUGUGGCAUCAUCGAGAGUUCCAAAGCGCACGUUGCACUCCUCAAUCCCAGUCUUCUCCUCACUCCACUCCACCUGGAGGCGAUAUGGGGGCACAGACCCACACCUCCCCAAGACUCCCUCCCUUGGAGCGCUACACUUUUACACUCAGGAAUAUUUUAGUCGACUUUCUUGCCUCCUUUUUUGUUUACUUUCUGGUUCAUUCGGCCUAUAGGGAGCGAGGUGACGCCUUGAGUUCAAAGGCCAAUCUCCACCUCCCGCCUCUCCUCUAUCUCCUACCAAUUCCUGUCAACGCAGGAAGCAAACAGAAAGUGUUCUUUGACUCCAAGACUGAGCACAUGGGCAACACACAAGAUGCUUGGAACAGUCCUAACUGUAGCAUCAUGGGAGGACAGCCAGAUGGGGGAAAGAUGGAUUGCAAGGUGACCUCUGAACUGCAAGGUGACCCCAGUCCACUAAUACCAUCUGAAAACCAAUGAGGGAUAUUAUAGGGAGAGACGGACAAAGACAUACUUUGCAAGAGGAUUUCAAAGAGACCUUUUUUUCUAAAGUUCAAGUCUUCCUUGAAACAAGACUGGUAGAAAACGCUGUUUUUGACCUCCUCAGUUUUUGUAUUGUAGUAAAACUGAAAUCUUUUUGUAGAUAACUUUUGUUAAUGGAGAGAGUGAGAGAGAGAGAGAGAGAGAGAGAGAGAGAGAGAGAAAAGAGCGGAGGAAGAUGUUCAAUUAAUAUCUUCUUUGUCAUAUAUUGCAUCCAUUGAAACUUGAUUUUUUUUUAGAAGAGAUAUGUUAUGCCAUAACAUAAUGCCUGUGGUCUUUCUGGGAAUGUGUGCUUGUCCUGAGUGCAUGUGACUAAGCUCUCUGCACUCAGUCUGCUUUCUUUUGCUCUCCUUCAUCUUCACUCCCAGGUAUUUCAGAGAGGGGCAUCUUAGAUGAACAUGUGUGGUUUUCUGUUUGAGAGCGUUGGGGUUCUAACUUUAAUCUUCACACCCAGGUAUUUCAGAGAGGGGCAUCUUAGAUGAACAUGUGUGGUUUUCUGUUUGAGAGCGUUGGGGUUCUAACUUUAUUGCAGCUUUAAAUGUACCACCUCUUUUUGUUUUUCAGAGUAGAAAGAAGCCGGUUAACUAAUGACCUUAAGAACAUAAUAAUGGUAUGUAAUAUACUUAGGCCAUGUUUCCAUUUAAAUAUGACAUGGUAGGUCUUGUUAACAUCCUGAGUAUGUAGUGAUUUAGUUCUAUCCAACCAAAUAUACUAUCCAAAUAGACUCUCCAGUCUAUCUACACAUUGUUAAAUCUGUUUAUAAAUAGGUGGUACAUUUUUCUCAACUGUUAAGGAUUUUGAAUAACCCUCAUUGACCUUCAGUUAGCUUCCAUAAACACUCAUCAGUUAUCAGUGAUAUCUGUAACACUUUAGCUUAUAGUCACAUGGCUAUAUCUUCUGUAUUUCAUCAUUUUAAAACCUUAUUCAUCUGAAGUACAAAGGGACUUGAGCUAAUGAUAAAACUGAUGUUGUUAGGUUGUAUUCAUGUAUACUCUAUAUGCAUUGAAAAAAAAAUAGAAACAUUUGUCAAAUGAAAAUAGUGACUGUAUUCUAAAGUGCUCCAACUCAUGUAUACCUGGUUGUGUUGUAUGAUCUAAGGCUCUGGAUCUGACCCUUUGUGUUGUAAUACAUGAAUAUCCCACGUCUCUCUUCAAUUUGCCUAUUUCAACUGUCUAGCAUCCAUCCAAUAAUGAUUACUAAAAUGACAAACACUUUGACAAUAUUUGCCUUUGUUCUUUUUCAUUGUUAUUAUUAUUUUGUCUUAUUGGAUUUCACAUUGGACAUUGAGAAUCACCUGCAUACUUUUAAAAUCUACCUUUCAUAUUUGAGUAGUUCAUAGGUAUGUGUGUAUAUGUAUAUAACUGUACUGCUAGCAUCAAAACCAUUAACAGACUCUUCCAUACAUGUCAUGCCUCAUAUGAGGACACAAUCCCAUAUAAUCCAUGGUAUUCAGGAAAUAAUUCCACUAAAUUGAAGUAGUAGGACAGUAAUUGCAGAUGCUUUAUGAUUUAGAUUUAAUUUUGCAAUAUAUUUGCCAUUUUCAGGGGAAGGACUAGAUAUGGAUGACUUGUCAUUUCAAACCCGAUAUUGCUUUUUUUAUUUUUGCCAAAACAACUUCUCCUUCUUUUUCUUCUUCUUCUUCUCCCCUGCUGGACUUGCACAAUGCAGCACACACCAUUAAGUCAAGUGGUUUCUGUGUUGGCUUUUAAUAUUUCUUUAUUUAUAUUUAUUGAUUUGGUAACACUGUCUUUGAGUCACAUGUAGUAAUGCAUUAUGAAGCCUCAUAAAGGCUAUUUAAGGAGUUGUGAGCUGUUAUGAAUGCUUAUUAAAAAAAAUACAUGUUUUAUUAGACCUUUAUUUAACCAGGAAAAGCCCAUUAUUAUAGUCUAUUAUGGGCGUGAAAGAAGGCUCUAUGAAUGCAUCAUAUAGACACAGGUGGUUAAUAGUGUUGCCAUGGAUUCUUUGUUUUUGUCACAGUUUGGCCAUCCUAAGUAAGACAGCACUGUAGAAUGCACAACCUGUAGCGUAACAACAUGAUGUGGACUCGCAAAACACACUCUUUGUUCCUGUUCUGGUGAUAUGAUGUACGUAGACCAUAGAAAUAGAAUGACUAUAAUAGCCAUAUUUCUAUGCUUCUAAUCAACACUUCUGUCAUACAGGAAACAUGUCCACAUUGAAAAGACUUGAACCUGGAUUUUAAAGUAAAAAUGUUAAUAUUUUAUUAUUGGAUAAUGGUAUAUUUCUUUACAAUUUCAUUUCUCGGCCAUCUUUUUGUUGUGGUUUGUUUGCUUGCCUCACCGGACGACCUUACCUGUUAAUGGGUUUUUCUCAUUUGUCUUUUGUUUACAACCACGUAUUUAUUAAGCUGUACAUAUUGUAGUGUUGCAUUCUGUAAAUGACGGAUUCUUACUCUAUCAUCCGAUGGUGUUGGUGUAUUUGGAAACCCUCUUGUUGAGAGAAUGUUUAUUAUGAUCCAUACUUAACCCAAUGUAUAAAUCUCUUCUGUACAAGAAUGAUAAAAGUGAAUGAAAUUA